CUUCCGGUCAAUCGUUCGUUGAAUGUGCUUUCGACUUUUGUGUCAUAAAUAGCAAGUGUCAAGUCAGAACGGAAGACACUGCACACUUUAUAACACUACUCAAAUACAACCAUAUAUAAACAAAAACGAGGAUGCGGAAUUUCAAAAAUAAAUAUCAGGAUUUUACGGAAGGUUCGGAGGUUUUCAUCGAUCAAGAAAAAUGGAUAGGAUGUAUUGAGCAAAUAGUGAAAAAUAUUGUAAAUGGCAUGCCUCCAGACCCCGCCAAUUGUGAUGGUGGACUAUACGUUGGUAAUGCUGGAAUUGCAUACAUGUAUUAUUAUCUCUCAAAUUGUGACUUGUUCACACAGCGCAAGACAGAUUUUCUUGAACAGGGCAUGAUGUAUGGAAAAGUUGCCAUGGACUAUGUCGAAAGAGGUGGAGAUCGAGGUAAUCCUCCUUGUUCUUUCAUACUAGGACAGGCUGGAACUAUCGCAGUGAACAGCUUAUUGUUCCAUACUGCUGGCAAUGAUUCCAAAUCGAAAAAAAUAGCUGAAAAGUUUGCAAGUUUGGCAGAUCAUGCAAGACCAAUAUCAUUCUAUCCCUAUGGAUCAGACGAGAUACUUGUAGGCCGAGCUGGUUAUAUGAGUGGUGCAUUGGCAUUGCAACAGAAACUUGGCUACAAGGUUGUGAGUGAAGACACCCUGAGACACCUGUGUACUGUGACAGUUGAGUCUGGAAGACAUUAUGCAUAUUCCCACAAGCCUAAAUCGCCGCCCAAGGGUGUGCAGUCACCUCUUAUGUAUGCUUAUCAUAAAACAGAGUACUUGGGUUCUUUGACUCCCCGCCCAGGGUUUAUCCUACCUUGUGUAGUGGGUAAUAAGACUUUCUUGUGUCGCCCUAGGGUAAUAAGACUUUCUUGUGUCGCCCUAGGUGUUGUCUACCUGUUUGCUCGUGCCUAUAAGGUAUGGGGAGAUGAGAAGUACCUUCAGGCUUGUGUGAGAUGUGGGGAGCUGACAUGGCAGAAAGGAUUGCUGAGGAAGGGUCCAGGUAUCUGUCAUGGCGUAGCUGGAAGUGGUUAUGUGUUCCUGUUGCUGUACAGACUCACCGACGACAAGAAGUAUCUGUACAGGGCCCUCAAAUUUGCAGAAUUCAUGUUUACACAGGAAUUCCAGAAGGGAGCCAGCGUCCCUGACACGCCUUUUAGUCUAUAUGAAGGAUGGGCUGGCACUGUCUUGUUUCUUGUGGAUCUUUUACAGCCAGAUAAAGCAGAGUUCCCACUUUUCAAUGUUGUGUUUUGAAGAGUUGUUGAUAUCAGUUUUUAUUUCAUCAUUGUGUAAACAUUCAAACUAUUCAUAUCGUAAAUCCUGUUAUCUAGCAUUUAAUGAUACAUUUGUGGACCUGCUUUGAAAACUAACCUGCAUAAUAAGCACAGGGUAAUCAACUGUACAGUGGAUUUCUGGAGGAUAUUACUGCAUAAAAUGUUUUUAAUUUCUCUAGAAAUCAAAUGGUCUGUAUACAUGUAGAAUAAAUACUCCAAUUUG